AUGAACAUCAACAUCAAAUUGAUAAACACAGUCGUAAAGGACAGACUAAAUGAAAUAGCGGAACAGGAAAAUCUGUUACCGAAGCUUUCGUUUGGAUUCAGGAAGAACUGCUCGGCCUCUACCUGCGUAAACUACGUAGUCAACCGGGUACACGAGACCAAACUCGAAAGGAAACAAGCUAUUGCAGUCUUCCUGGACCUAUCAGGAGCCUUCGACUCGGUAGAUCUCAGCACGCUUAUGGACGUACUGGCCUGCAACGGAAUCCCAAACAAGCUGCUGUCAUGGCUACGCAUUUACCUAAGCAGAAGGAAAAUGGUACUGAGAACGGAACAAGGGGAAACAACGGUACUAACGAGUGAAGGACUCCCACAAGGAUGCCCGAUUUCCCCAACGAUGUUCAACCUCUAUACAGCACCGCUACACAAAGUGACGGUAGAGGACUGUGAACUAGUCCAGUUCGCAGAUGACUUCACCGUGUUGGCCAAAGGCGCAAAUCUAGAUGAAACAGCGAUAAAAAUCAACAUCUUCCUUGGGAAACUAAGCACGGUACUCAGCGCGAUGAACUUCAAACUCAACGUACAAAAAAGUGCAGCAAUCGUCUUCUCAAAUAAAAACCACGAAAAACUGGAAAUCAAAAUCGGCCAAGAAACAGUGACGAUCAACAACACCCACAAGCUCCUGGGAUUCACCUUGGAUAGGACACUCACAUUCAGGAGGCACAUCGAGGAGGUCACAAACCAAGGGACGGCGAAACUCAACAUAAUUAAGUUGCUAGGUCGAAGGAACAGCAACGCAAGCCCGGACACCCUAGUAAAGAUUGGAAACGCCAUCAUCAGAAGCAAAACGGAGUAUGGAGCACAAAUCUACGGCGCGGCGGCGACCACGAAUCUAAAAAAGAUUCAAACAUUGCACAACACCUACCUCAGAUACGCAAUGCGCUUCCUGAGAACGACGCCGAUACACGUAAUACUGGCGGAAGCUGGCCAAAUGCCCGUUAAGGACAGGAUCGAAAUGCUAACCCUAAAGGGCAUACUAAAAUCCACCUUUCACGAGAAUCAGCUGCAGCCGUUUGUAGAGAAGGCGAUAAAGACGGAGGAAGGGAAUGGCUCCUUUUUAACAACAGUGGCAGUGAAACACAACGACGUUAUCAGCCAACUACACCCAAAGAACCAAAGCGCGACAGGAAGACACAACAAAGUGGAUGCAAGCGAGAGAGCAAAAAUAGCUAUCAAACUCUUCAGGGAACAGAAAUGCAAAACGGAAUACAAUAACCACUUCUGGAAACAAAAAUUCCUACAAACUUUGGCGGAAGAAUACACGGGAUUCCACAUACUGUACACGGAUGGCUCGAAAUCACCACUAGGAACAGCGACAGCAACGUACGAUUCGACGGAUCAGCCGGUAGAAAGCUUCAAGAUCAAUCACAAUUUCUCCAUCACCAACGCGGAAUUGCUGGGUAUCUUACACGCCGUAAAGAUGAUCAACAGGAAGGAAUACGCAAAAGCCGUGAUUAUGACUGACUCCUCCGGAGCAUGCCAAACCUUACUGAACGACUCCUUGGUGAACGAAAACUACCUGGCAGCGAUGACCUGGGAAAAGAUAAGAGCAUCCGAAUACAAGGACAUCAGGAUACAAUGGAUCCCCAGCCAUCAAGGAAUCGCCGGAAAUGAAAGAGCAGAUACGGAAGCAGCUGCAGCCGGGAUGGGAGCCCAAAAUUUAUUCAACGCACUCACACUCGGAGACACCUUAAAGCUUGCAGAAAAAGAGAUUUGGGAUGGAUGGACCAGGGAAUACCAAGAAACCUCCAAGCAAAAAGGAGCCGCACACUUCCAGCUCAUGAAAGCACCAGGGAAAAGGAUUUGGUGCCACGGCCUGACCCUGACAACAGAACAGAAGAGAAUCAUAAGCCGAAUCCGUUCGGGGCACACUCUCACCAAGGAUCGACUGAAACGAUGGGGUUGGGAAACCGACGAUUUAUGCGAAAUAUGCGAAGAGCAAGAAAACCUCCAUCAUUUACUCUAUGAAUGCCCAAAAUUUAACAAAGAGUGGAGUUCGACCUACUGGAAUACUACGAGCCACUGGGCAAAAUUUUGCAGCAAAACAUAG